AUGGCGGGCACUCGGAGCUCCCGGGGCGCGCGGGGCGCGCGGGGCACGCGGGGCACGCGGGGAUCGCGGGCGGCGGCGGCGGCGGCGGCGGCGGAGGCCGAGCUGGAGCCUGCCGAGGUGGCGGAGGAGACGACGGAGAAGGAGGAGGAGGCGGCGGCGGCGGCGGCGGCGAUGGCGGGCGCGGCGCGGGGGGCCGCGGGGGCGGAGGAGCGGGCCCCCGGCUCGGUGUCGGCGGCGCCGCUGCUGCAGCAGAGCCGGGACUUCCUGGACCUGUUCUGGGGCAUCGCCAAGCCGGCCCAGGAGGAGCGGCUGGCGGCCACGGCGGCGCUGGUGGAGCGGCUGCGGGAGCGCCCCCAGGAGGCUGAGCUCCAGUACGCCCUGAAGCGGCUCAUCGAGGGCCUGGGGGCCACCUGGGAGGCAGCGAGGCCAGGCUUCAGCCUGGCCCUGAGCCAGGUGUUACAGGUCCUGGAGGACAUCCCUUUGUACGGGGUCUUGGAGCAGAUAAGAGAAAAGCACGACCUGCAGAAGAAGAAGCUCCUGCGGAGUGCCGCCUUUGGGAACUUCUUUGGGGUCUUGGCGCUGUUUCAGUCGGGCCGCCUGGUAAAGGACCCCAAGGUGCUAGUGGAAGCUGUCCAGCUUCUGCAGUGCCUGGCCCAGCACCGAAACCAUCUUCAGGACCUGCCUCGCCGUACGCUGGUAGACAUCCUCUCCGAGAUCCCAGAGCCUGUGUUCGAGGGGGUCCUGUUGGACGUCCUCCGGGCUGACUUCACCUCAGCCUUCAGUACCCCUGAGCAGCUUCAGCUCCUCCUAGUGGGGCUCCAGAGGUUCCCAGGUGUCCUGCAGCCCAAGAAGCUGAAGAGGCUGCUGGGCUCGGCCUCUGUGGUCACCAAGGAGACCGUCCCCAGGUUGGUGGAAGUUCUGAACGUCGCGGCCAAGUCUGUGAAGAAGCAGAAGGUGCUGCCUCCUGUGGGCCUGGAUCUCAUCCGCGUCGCCCUGCAGGAGGGCGCCUUUGAACUCUUCUGGAAGGGCGUGGUGGAGGACGGGCUUCUUGAGGAGCACUCUGGGCCUGGCAGUUACACAGCCUUCCGCCUGCUGGGCAGUGCCCUGCCCUUGCUGUCCCUGGAGCAGCUCCGCAUGGUCCUCCGCGGAGAAGUGAUGCGUCGAUACGGGGACCACGUGCUCUCGGCCCAGCUCCCUUCAAGAUUCAAGUUUGCCCCAGAGAUGGAGAAGUACGUGGGCUCCUUCCUGGAGGGCUGUGCGGACCCCGAGAAGCAGCUGGCUGUGCUGGUGGCCUUCUCCUCCCUCACCAACCAGGGCCACCCGGUGGUGCCCAGCCUGUGGCCCGUGGUGAAGCACCUGCAGCCCGAGGCGCUGCACCGCUACAGCAGCUGGCUGCGGGAUAUGUUUCUGCGGCCCGACCUGGGCAGCUGCCUCGAGUUCAGCACCAGCCGCCAGAAGAAGAAUGCCGCGGAAGAUGAAAGCGGGCGCGUGGCGGCGGCCGAGAGGUCUGUGUUUCGCCUGCGGAAGUGGCUCAUUCAGAGACUGACCAGCAUCGUGGAGAACGCCCAGGUGACGAAGGAUGAGGCCUUUGUCGUGGGCAUCGCCAGGUUCUGCUUUUUUCAUUCAUUCUUUGAGACAAAGAAACCUUCCAAGGACAUUCCUGAGUCAGAGCAGCAUGUCUCUGUGCCACUGGACAGCGAGACCAGAGAUGCUGCUGGGAACGCCUUCUUCAGUUUGCUGCAGACCUUGAACUCCCUCCCCUUGCUGGGAGAAGCCCCGAAGGCAGUGCCAAGCCUGUCCAAAGGGAAGGUUGGCCAUGGCAUGAUGGCGGACGGCCAGCUCUGGACCCAGCAUUUGGUGCAGUACGCGGACCUCCUGCUGUCCCACGGUAAGAACGUCCGGCCGGUGAAGCCCUUUGCUGUCGAGGAGAAGACUGCCUGGGACCGGAUGUUGCAGUCCGUGGAUCGCCUGCAGCAGCGGGUCAAGGACAGCCUUAUGGCCGAGAUCACGGCCUUCCAGCAGCUCCUGCUUCUGGUGGGCAUCCACCUUUUCAAGGUGCCCAGCGAAUGUGUUGACCUGUUGAGUGACCUGCAGAGCUGCAUCGAGAAAGCCCUGGUCAAGAAGGCCAAGAAGGCCAAGAAAGCCACGAAGGCAGCCGCCGCAGGUGCGGAAGAGCCCCAGUGGGUGGAGGUGAUGGUGGAGAUCCUGCUGGCGCUGCUGUCUCAGCCCAGCCGCCUCAUGCGCCAGGUCUCCCGCAGCGUGUUCGCCCGCAUCUGCCCGCACCUGAACCGGCGGGCCCUGCAGCUGAUCCUGGACGUGCUGGACCCCGAUCGGGAGGAUGGGGCGGUGGUGGUCACGGAGGAGCCUGGCCAGAGGAAGAGGCCGGCCACGGCUGGAGAGGACGAGAGCGAGGAGGACUCAGACGAGGACGGCUCAGACGACGAUGGGGAGAGCGAGGACGAAGAUGUGGACGGGGCCAGUGAUGGGGAGGUGGACAGCGGUUUCAGGCAGCGGCUGAUGAGCGUGCUUCAGGCAGGGAAGGCGCUGGAUGCCGAUGGUGAGAGCAGCAGCGAGGAGCUGGACGAUGACGCCAUGAUGGCCCUGGACACGCGUCUCUCCAGCCUGUUUGCGGAGCAGAAGCUGCGGGUGCGGGCCAGGAAGCAGGAGAAGGAGAAGAUGCAGAAGGAGAAGAACCUUCGCUGUGACUUUAAGAUCAAGGUUCUGGACCUGGUGGAGGGCUUCCUGACCAGGCAGCCGGAGAACCCACUGGUCCUGGAGCUGCUCGAACCCCUGCUUGCCGUCAUCGAGCAGAGCAUGAGCCGUGACUCUGCCAAGCAGGAGCAGGACUUCUUGCGCAAGACGGCAGACAUCUUCACGAACCAGCUGUGCCGGGCCAAGCAGUACUGCCACAGCGUGGCGAGCCGGGCCGAGGACAUCCACGCCAUGCUGGAGCGGCUGGUGCAGCGGGCCAGCCGCCAGGCGGACUCUGCCGUCGCCCUCUACCACUUCAGUGCCUCCCUCUACCUGCUCCGGGUCCUGAAGGGGAACACCGCCAGGCCGCCAGCUGCCCCGUCCCCAAAGAAGCAGCGAAAAGCCAACGCCCCCCAACAGACAGAGGGCUCCAGCUGCCUGGACCUGGCCCGAGUGACGCAGCUGUACACCGAGGCGCUGACCAGCUUCCUGUCCAAGCGGAACAGCCCCCUCACGGCUGCCAUGUUUGUGGACCUUUUCACCCGCCACCCUACGAUCUGUCAGCAGCUGCUCCCCGUCGUCCUCCCGUUCGUCACGACCGGAGCCCGGCCUUACCACCAGGCCCAGGCUUGCUUGAUGCUCCUGAAGGCCUUGCAGAUGCGGGAGCUGAGGCAGUGCCUGGAGGGCCCAGCCUGGCAGGAGCUGAUUGGGGAUAGUAUCAGGCAGACCACCGAGAGUCUGAGAAUGGUGGGUAAGGCCGUGAACAAAAGCGUCCACCUCAAAAUGUUCAAGGCCUUGGAGCUCCUCAUCUUCCUCAUCAAGACUGUGAAGGAGGAGAAGCUGCCCACAAGUCUGGAGGCCCCCCUGGCUUUGCUGCAGACCCUGCGACAGAGUGACUGCUUGGGCAGCACGGGCCGCCUCUCCGACCUCACCUGGCAGGCCCUGAAGCUGCUGGGCGUCCCGCGCCCCAAGGAGGAGAAGGUCAGGGCUUCUCAGAACAAGGAUGCCGCCGGAGCCCCUGAGGAGCUGGCAGGACGGAAGCGGAAGAAAGGCUUCCUCCCCAAAACCAAGAAGCGCAGGAGGCGCCAGCAGGAGCCGGCGGCCCCCGAGGACAGCGAGGAGGCCCCCGCCACCGCCUCAGAGAGCACGAGGCAGAGGAAGAGGAGGAGGAGGAGGAGAAAAUCAAAGCGGCGCCAGACCCCGCCCGGGCCUGGGGUGAACGGCACCAGCGAGGGGACCCCUGCCCCAGACCCUGGCCAGAGCAAGGCCCCACCGCCUCAGGCCGUGGUGAAUGGGGCUCCGGGCUCCGAGGGGCCCAGGAAGAAACUCCAGGUUGGGAAGAGGAAGGACGGGCUGGACGCUGACCCCCCAGCCACCCCCCUGGUGAAAAAGGCCAAACUGCCCCCCACAACAGGCAGCGGCAGCCCCAAGGCCAGGCUGAGGAGGAGGCCGCGGCAGCCAGGGCCCGAGGGCAGCAGCCAGUGAGCGCCCCUGGUGCUCUACACGUACCAGAGACUCUGUUUUGACACCCAGUCCAAUAAAACCGCCUCUCCCUGGCCCCAGGGCUCGGUCAGGCUUCGUGGGCCUCAGA